AGAUUGUGGAUGUCUUGCAUCCUGGUCGGGCCAAUGUCCCAAAGACUGAGCUUCAGCAGAUACUGGCCAAGAUGUACAAGACAACCCCAGAUGUUAUAGUCUGUUUUGGCUUUCGGACAGCAUUUGGUGGGGGCAAGAGCUGUGGUUUUGCUCUCAUUUACGAUAGUCUUGAUUUCCUCAAGAAAAAUGAGCCUAAAUACAGACAAGUCAGGAUGGGACUCAUAGAGAAGAAAAAGGCAGCAAGAAAACAACGAAAGGAAAGAAAAAACCGCCAGAAGAAAGUCCGUGGAACCAAGAAAGAGAAGGUUUCUGCAGGGAAGAAAAAGUAGACUUACUCCAUUGCUAUCAGACACUAGACCUCAUAAUUAUACGUAAUAUUGUGUUGCAUAGGACAUAAGUAACAAAAUAUUAUGGGCACUCUCAUCUUGUUUUCAAGAUAGAGGUAGAAAUUGUUGCCUUGAAGAUUGAACUGAGGAAAGAGAGAUAAUAAGA